AUGUCCUUGGCGCUUUACAUAGCUGCUGUAGUUCGGUGUGACCAUCGGGAUCAGGCAGAAGGUAUAGAGCACAGAUACGAAUACACGGAGAGACUUUUACAAGGGAUAUCGUCAAAGGAAUCACAAGGUCGAGAGCAAAUAACUGUAAACAAGGAGACGACUACACCUGCAAAGGUGGCAGGAAAGUUCCAAGACCUGGACAAGAAACGGGCUGCCGGUGGUAACGCAGACUCUGUGCUGGUUGGAUACGCACAGUUGAUGGAAGAGGGAAUAGUAAACGACAACAGUAUGUUAGAAACAGAAGCCAUGAAAAGUCUUGGUGACGUGUACCUGAAAAGAGGAACAGAAACUAGAGACACUAGAAACUUGACCAGAGCUUCUUCUCUGUACAACAAGGCACUGGCGCGGUGUCACAACGUACAGGGAACAGUUGCCAUUGUCCACCGCUUACUGUAUACUGCAAAGAUCAGGCAGGAUAUCGUCACAAGAAACACCAAGAGGUCAGCUCGUAAACAGCGACAACAAGCCGUGAGGCGACAGAAGGACCACUUCUCUCCUUUCUCAGCUGCCUCUGGUGAUGUCAUCAAUGACGGCAUUAGACGUCUUUACAGACAACUGGAGAAGCUGUGA